AUGUUACUCGCUAGACGUAUUGGAGAGCCAAAGUUUGUUCAACACCAAAAUAUGGCAAAAACAGCACCAGUCAAAAAGAAAUCCGCAUCUAUGCAUUCGCGUGCAGCUCGGCGUGCACCGUCACCGGGCUUAAAACUUGAAAAGUCAAUCAUUGACACAAAACCGGGCGACAGCAGCAUACAUCCUCGGCCGGUGAUUCCAGCAGCGCAAGAAGCGCGAAUUUCCAGCAAGAUUGGAAGUCGCGGAGGCACAAUAUUGAGCACCAAGGCACGACGACGGCACAAGCGCGGUCUCGAUCGGGCUGAGGCUGUCGGCGAUCGUACAGCGACGAAGAUACAGAAAAGUCGUGCACGCGCUCGCGGCACGCUUGAGCGGGCGCAGACCUGGGACGCAGUGAAUUCCGAAGUACGCCAACACCUUCCCAAACGUGUAAAAGUGCAUGAGCCGGUACAAGUCAAGCCGGCGCCGGCGAGGAACAUUGAAGUCGAAAAUAGCGAACCCAACAGUAAAGUGGCUCUGGUACCGUGGAGCAGCGUCGGUGAUGAAUCUAUGAGCGAUAGUAGCGUGCAGGCAGAUGUAUCCCCAAUCACGCAUCCCGUCGAGGACGAGGGCGAAAUCUUAUAA